GUCAGCUACACUUACUGACAUAUCCAUAAAGUUAUUUUAAGGGUGUGAUUCAGGGUUUGGUCACAUCAAAGACAUAGAGGGACACUGAUGGAGACCGUGGGCUAGAGGAACCAGUGGAGACGCCCUCUGCCGAACGCGCCCUUUCCUGAGAGGAGCAGCUUUAAACAGUUAAUGCUCAUCUGCUGAGAUUCCUGACCCUGGCACACGCCCGGGCGCCCCUAGCAACGCCCCCCUCCUUCCUAGAGGCCAGUUUCGAGGUUUACUCUAACUUCUCCGCAGCGUGGGAAACGGGCUUUCUGGUUCUUGGAGGCGAGAGAAAAAGGCGGGAAAUAAACGGAAGCGAGGCUCCUAGCGGACCAAGCCAGCGAGGCCGUCACGUGACUCGCGCCGCGCGCGCUGCCUGCCGGGAGCGGUGCACCGGGGCGCCUGCGCAGAGGAGCGCAAAGCCUUCGCUGUUCUGAGGCGGCGGGUCGUGGCCGAAUCUCCGCUCGCCAGUGGGACAAGAGGCUUGUGCCUGCAGAGUAUGAUGGCAAACCACCUUGUAAAACCUGAUUCUAGAAACUGCAAGAGAUCAAGAGAAUUGGAGCCCCAGAUGUCAGAUAGUCCACAGGUACCCUCUCUUGGAAAAUCGGAUUCUUCCUUCUCUGAAUGUUCUGGACUCCUUUAUAAAGAGGAUGCUCUGGAGAAGGAUUUGAGCGAUAUGAGCAAGGAAAUUAAUCUGAUGUUGUCUACAUAUGCAAAGAUUUUAAGUGAGAGAGCAGCAGUAGAUGCAUCUUACAUUGACGAGUUAGAUGGACUCUUCAAAGAAGCCAAUAUUAUUGAAAACUUUCUGGUACAAAAAAGAGAGUUCCUGAAGCAGAGGUUUACAGUAAUUACCAACACCCUACACAAGUAAAAUACCUUUACCAACUGAAAGUCAGUUCCUAUUAUUGCUGUAUUCUACUUGUUAAAGAAAAUAUAUGUAGUAAACUGUAACUUUUUCUAAACUUAAAAGGGGUUUUAAGAUGAACAGUAAUAUGAAGUUUGUAAUCUUUUUUUGAGGGUCAAAUAUUUGGCACAUUGUAUAAAAAUGUAAAUUAAAAAUUCUAUACGUGUUCUUUUCUUUCUCCUUUACUCCUAAAUUGCAUAACCGUUCUUACACUGUGAAAGAGGACUCUGUUAAUUUGAUUAUGCUUAACAAUAUUUGUUUAAAUAGCAGCUAAUUUGGGAGUAGUUUUAAAAUGUUUUUCCUGGUUAGUAUUAUAAAACAACAUUAAACAUUAAAGGAAAUUUGUCCAGUUUUUCAACAUAUAAUAAAAUAUAACUAUGUGCUGCUGCUAUUUAAUAUUGCCAUUAAAUUAUUUUUACUUAUAA